GUCCAGUCAAAGUCGCGGGCAACGUCGGACGCAUGAGUAAAGCGUGAUCGCGAGAACGCGCGUGUGUGUUUGAGUGUGGGCAGAUCAGCGAUCAAAGGGAAAUACAACAACACGAAAAAGAGUCAAACCAGGUUUAGCAGUGUCACUUCCGCAAUAUGGCUGGAAUUUCAGCAACUUAGCUCUAGAAGUGAGUCAGAAGUAAUUAGUGAUACAGGAAAAAAUAUCGCAAAUCGUGUGAAUGAAGAUUACCAGCGGUUUCGAGAAAAAAAAAAACACAUUGCAGUGCGCCCAGAAAGAGAAAUUUAAUUAGUGUGAAGGCAGAAAAGGGAGUGUGAAACUGGAUUAAAGAGUAUUGUAUCAUCAUCAACGGUGGCGGCACUCUGGGCCAAACCUAAGUGAAGUGAAGAUGGGAAACCUGAACCAUGAUAGGGCAAACCCGAAGCAGAAAGUGUGGCCAAACGCAAGCUUGGUUUGGGCACUUUUUGCUACCUUUCUUCUCCUGGGAACGAUAAACGAGGUUGCCACCCAGGAAUCGGAAUUUGCACCACACGUUACAGCGACCUGUAAAUCGGGCACGAUGAACAUCCGAAUCCAAUUCAACGGUGCGUACAGCGGCGUUGUGCACGCCCGGGACUUCCGGACACCGGCGUGUAUGGCGCUCGGGAACGGGUCGGCGGUGCUCGGACUCAGCCUCAACCUGCUGGCCAAGAAGGGCAGCAACGAAAACUGCGGAAUUCUAGUCAGCAACGUAAACGGGGGUGAACGGUCUGAGGAGCGUUCCGUCCAGCUUGCCGUAAGAGUGCACAAGACGCUCGAACUAGCCGACGAUAAGUUCUACGUCAUAACGUGCGGUAAAGCUGCAUUUGCCAGAGACGACAAUUCACCGGUGGCGCUCAAAUUCUUCGACGGUGACCGUCGCAUCCAGGAAACGGUUUACGGCCGGCAAUACACCGUCAAGGCGGAAAUAACCCACCCAAAUGGAACGCAAGGCAUCCGCGUGAAGAACUGCUUCGCCUUCAACAAGGACACCAAAAAAACCGAGCUCAUCGAUGAUCGAGGGUGUCCAAUCAUGGAUAGUGGGAAGUUCAUCAUGACUCGUUUCAAGACUGCUGCCAACGGAACGACUGCCACCGCUACGCUGAAUGCCAUGUUCCGAAUCUCUGGAGACUCGGAAGUGCACUUCCAGUGCGACGUCGUGCAGUGCAACGGGCUCUGUCCCGACAUCGACGAGCGGAUAUGUUCCGAAGAGCCAAAACCAGGUCAAUCGCUGGGCUCGCCAAGCGAACCAAUGCUGCUGGCGGCCACCACCGUGUUUGUUCUGAACCCGGUCGAUGCAAAACCAUUUGGAGCCCUUUGCGAAGACAGUGGCAUUCGGCCUCACUGGCUGCUCUGGCUGACGAUAGCAUUGGCUGUUCUGUUCCUCAUAAUGCUGCUGAUGAAUAUAUUCCUCUGUACAGCAAUGAGCUGCAGCUGUGCUAGAACGGAGAUAAUUGAAAAGGAACCUUCGAUUAUCGAGGAGUACGAUCCGUACCGAAGCUGGCACGGUUCCCAGUACGGAUCGCGAUACUCGUUACACGGUCGGGACGGCGGCCAGAACAAGGGAUACACCAGCGGGGGCAGCACGAUACACUCGAACCGCUCCCUGCCGAUAGAUUCGGAUCACUACGCGAUUGUGCACAGCCGACCCGGUUCGCGGCAUUCCGGUCUGCACGGUCAUCGCCCUCGGGGACCACCGAGCAAUAUGUAAAAACGCCCUUCCAUCAUUUCCCCUCCACCCCAAGACAGUUUGAAUGAACCGUAUUGAGAAUACCGUCUGGAUCGACGCGAUCCAUUUCUUCCCUAUUCUUGUCAAGUCAGUGUUAACCAAUACGUGGGAUCUUCUCCUAACAAACCCUUCAUGAACAAUUUGAAGAAAUUCUACGUCUAUCUCGAAAGCAAAGCUUCCAUCUCUAUUGUAAAUAAUUGAAGUUGGUGAUCGUGUUUUCAUUCUCUAAUUAAAUUGGAUACUUCGCUAACGAAAAUUUUAACGUACAUACAGAACAGAAAACAAAAAACAAAGUAAAACAGCAAAUUCGGAACGAAAGAUUUCAACUCAUAUUUUAUUGCGAAUAAAGAAAUAACGCAUAAGCAAUAAUUGUAACAAAAAAAAUACAACAACAAGUUGAUAUAACGAACUCCCCUAAAAGCACAUCAAUUUCGUGUUUGCCAUCUCUGAUGAUAGUUUUGGUACUGAUGAGACAUACCAGGACCAGGACCAGUCGAAGAAAACGUCUCCACCGGUUGUCUGAAAAAAUAGAAAAAUAAUAUUACUAAAGAAUUAAAUCAUCAAAACAAAAAAAAACACAGAUCAGCAGAAAAAGGCGGAAUGCCUUUUAGUUUAAGUUUUACUGUGUACAUUAAUAUUAAAGAAAAAGAAGAUAAUAAGUAACAACUACA